CUGCUUGCAGUCCAAGAGAAGCAGCCAGCGAAUGCGCUACGCUUCUCCACAAGCCUCUAUUAGCCAUAUCAGAUCGGGGCUAAAAGACGUAGAGUUCUAACGGUAUUGCGGUCGAAUUCUUAUCGUCGUUGAAGGAAAGCAAGUGACAUUCUAACUAAAAUACCAACAAGAUCAUGGCUGGAGUCAGCGUGGGAUUUGCCAAGUGUUUUAUACUCUUUAUGGCAGUUGUCAUAUUGGCCCAAGGUUUAGUCUAUCUGGGUCUCUCGAUAUGGGGCAUAACACUGCGGGAUUGUCAGACAACAUCGGAUAUUACUGGCCAACCCUUCAAGUUUGCCAUGGAUCUCAUCUACUUUUUGGAUGAGGAAUGUGGUUCGCCGACGAUGCAGGUUCAAGUUCAAGGUCAAGAUCAAUCAAUCGAGCUGAGCAUGGACUGGGACAAGUCCUUUGCGGUAACACAUCGGGAGUACAUCUUUAUGAUCACCUAUGCGGUGGUUAGUGGCUUGUGGGUCGCCUCCUCAUUCCUAAUCAUAUUUACCUUGUGCUUUACCACCACCAAACUGAUUUCUGGCACCGUCUAUUGGCCCUGGUUUCUAUCCGUCCUGGCUGGAUGCAUUCUGGACGUGGUGGCCACCGUUUAUCAUGCACUGGACAUAACCAAGACAAUGUCGCUUCAAGAUGCAUUUAAUUUUGUUGGAGCAAAAACUCCGGCGGACAUGCCUGAUCAAAUCAUGACGUAUUUGGAAACCUUUGGUGUCUACUUUUCCACUCCUGCUUUGGUGAUGACCCUCCUCAGUUGCCGUGUGGUGCUCAUCUGGUUGCUCAACCUCAUCGGAGGCAUGUUCUGUCUGUCUCUGGCGAAUGUGUUGGCCAAUCAGGCGGCUGCUUCCUCCGCUUCUUCUGGCAGUAGCCAUCAGAUUCAACCUCGUCAGCAGACCCCACAGCCCGUAAUGAUGGUGGAGCAGGAGCAGUUUCCAACAGCACCUGCUGCAUCCGCGGCACCUUCAGUUGUCAUGGAGCCGGUGUAUCCCGAGCAAGUGCGUCCGGCACCACUUAUUAUACCAGCGCAGACUGCAGAGAUGAUGAGACAGGAUUCACAGUAUCCACCAAACGAUCGGACCACGCUGCAAUCGCCUGUUUUGGUGUUGCCUCCCCUGCAACAACAUCAGCAGCAGCAACAACAACAACAACAGUUCUCGCCUCAACCUCAACCUCAGCCAGAUAUCAAUACUUAUCGCACCACAGAUGCGCAUCCGGAUCAACUCAACUAUCCACCCACUGACCCCACAUCCCCGCGACCCACCUCGCCGGCGGUGCAACAACUCGCCUCAGGAUCGGCCCUAAACAGUCGCUAUUCGGAAAUGUACCCAGCUCAGCCAAGCAACUCACGUGUCAGUUCCAAUCAGGAGCUGCGCAAUCAGAUGCCUUGGUCUUAUACGAGCAUGAUCACCAAACCACCGCCACCACCCCGCAAGCCACAGCAGCAGGUGCAGAUCUAUCCGCAAAUACCCGAGCCGGACUACACGGAGCACUAGAUGACCAAGAGACGGGAGCCGAGAGCCGAGAGCACAGCACUUCGCUGAUUGUGGUUUAAUCAGUCUGGUUGCAACAUUUGUGACUUGUUUUGAGUUAUUGUUAUCUUUAUUGCAUAAAGUUAAUGCACAUGGCCAA